AUGGCCUCACUAAACCUCAAAACUCCUCCCUACCCAACAGGCGAUACCGAUGAAGAGAUUAGGAAAGAUCCAAAAUUGUGUCGAGUAUGCUGGAAUCUCUACCCUGGCUCAGCUUCUUCAGCUCUCCCUUUGGCUGGAAUAGCCAUGCACGAGAACUCUGGUACCAUCAACUCCGUCAGAGCUGCCGGAGCCGGUAACUUAGAGGCAGCCUCCACCUGGGCGGGACACGGUCGUAUUGAUUAUGCUUCUUGGGGGGUCAGAGUCUACUUUCCUGACGUUCCUGGUUCAGCAGCGGGGGGUUGUGCAUCUUGCUGGCUUCUUCAAGAUAUGUUGACAAAGUUGAACAAGGGCAAUUUAGAUUGUAGCGAUCCUGAGCUUUGGCUAGAGAUAGUGUUCUGUAAAGGGAACACUCUAAGGCUGAAUCUUAUUCGUGGAAGUCCGCCUGAAGACGACUUUGAUAUGUUCUCUUCAGGUGGAGAUAGUUCCGAAGGUGAUCUCAUUGAACAAUAUGAGAUAUACACUCUGCCUGGUUCCCCAUGCCCUUGGCCAACCAUCGGUUCAUGCAUGAAUAUCGAACGACCUGAUUGGAGUCUUGAUGCUGAAUUCGGCGGACAAGCGAAUCACAUCGAGCCUGAUCCUACUUCUAAACCAUCUUUUGAUAGAGCAAGGAGUUGGAUAAAAGUAUGUAAGGAGAAUCAUACCAUCUGUUCUGAAGCAGAGUCUGCUUCCACAUCGAAAUUACCCAAGCGAGUCGUCGACAUUGGACCUGAAACAAACGAUGGAAUCCACAUUUUUACGCACGAUGACUCUAAGCAGCAUAUAGUUGAACGGUACAUCGCCCUUUCCCAUUGCUGGGGAAAGACACAACAUCUCAAGUCAACUAAAGACACUCUAGAAAAGUGGAAACAGAACAUUCCAUUCGAUCGAUUUGCCAAAACCUUUCAGGAUGCCAUCAUCAUUUCGCGAGAGCUGGGUAUUCGAUACAUCUGGAUAGAUUCUCUUUGUAUAGUUCAAGAUGAUACAAAGGAUUGGGAAAUAGAGGCUGCCAAAAUGGCGUCUAUUUACAAUGGUGCUGAGUUGGUCCUAUCAGCUACAGGAUCAGUUGAUGGAUCUGGUGGCUGUUUGUUUCCACGAGAACCUUACGUGACGGUGUCAGGUACCUCUCCUGAUGGAAAACCCUUUCAGGUUUAUGGGCGCAAAGCUGCACAGCAUUCUGCGUUUGGCUGGAAUACCGAUCGAAACGUGGCCAAAGGUUCUUCAAACCCCAUUAGCGGAACUAGCGUGUCUGAUGUCUUGGAUCAUCCGUUGUUGACACGUGCCUGGUGCUUUCAGGAAAGAUUGUUGGCCACACGGAUUUUGCACUACACUAAGAGUGAGAUGAUUUUUGAUUGUCUGUCGUCAAUGGACUGUGAAUGUGGCGCACUUGAGGAACACGAGGAUGAUCCCUUAGUGCCAGCACGCCGGAUCAUCAAGACGGGUCACAAGUUUAUCACAGGAACAAAGAGCUACAGGGGAACUUCUAUUAGGCCAUCAAAGCCACUUGAGGGGGAAGUGAAGGAAUUUCAAGAACAUCAUGAGCUUUGGCGAGAUUUGAUCGUGCAGUAUUCUCAAAAACAAAUCACCUUUCGAACCGAUGGUCUUCCUGCUGUUGCAGGAUUGGCUACAGAGUGGUCAGACAAGCUGACUGGUAGAUAUCUUGCUGGCCUGUGGGAGAAGGAUCUACUGAACGGUCUACGCUGGAUGCCAGACGAAAAAGACUCCGAGGAGGAGUUAAGUUACAUUGCGCCGAGCUGGAGUUGGCUCAGUGUUCAUCGUGGUGUAACAUGGGGACUGGAAAGUUUCGAGUAUGAUGAUUACUUCGUCACAGUUGACCUUGAUCGAACAGCUUGUCCCCUUAAAGGUGAAAACAAGUUCGGACAGGUGGAUUGUGGCUAUAUAUUUCUCACGGGUCACGCCAUGCCAAUGACUUUUAACAUGGAUGGAAAUACCGUGUAUUUGGAAAAGCCGGGCAACACUGUUAGGAAACCAUUCGAAAGACCAGACAGUCUAUUUCGUUUGCGAAAUCUCAAGACUAAAAAUUUGUUGUGCUUGAGACUAUGCACAAGACUGAGUACAAGAAAUGCCUGGGACGACGAUGGCGCCUUGGUAUUGGUCAAGGUAGACAACGAAACGCUCAACAAACAGUCUGAUCUUCCCAAGGAGUAG